ACUAUUAUUAGGUUAGGAAUAUCAAGCACCGAUUUAGUUUUCGCUUGGCAGCUACAGAGAGCAUUCGUGAUGAGUUCAAAGCUGAGCGUAAUGACACCGUCGUUGGACGCACAGUUCAUUGAGAAUACCAACAAAUUUGCGUUGGAGUUGUAUAAACAAAUAAUACUUGAAAAUCAGAGGAAAAAUGUCGUCAUCUCACCUUUCUCGAUCGGCACUUGUUUGUCAUUCGCCGGCAUGGGUGCGGUUGGCUCGACGGCAGACGAAAUAUUCACUGGUUUAAAGCACGGAACUGCCUCCGAUAAACACCUCGUCGCAGACAUUUACGGAAAUCUGCUUCAAAAUAUAGCCAGUAAUCAAAGUUUGAACAUUGCAAAUAAAAUUUAUUUCAAACAUGGCUCUACUUUGAGGCCAAAUUUCCAAGAUAUUGCCACUGCAUCCUUCCGAUCUGAAGUAGAGGCGGUAGAUUUUGCCGAGAAUGAAACAGCAGCAAAAACGAUCAACCGUUGGGUUGAACAGAAAACGAACGACAAAAUCAAGAAUUUUAUAACCCCGAAUACCGUAAAUCAGUCUACUCUAAUGGUUCUCGUAAAUGCCAUCCAUUUCAAGGGGUCUUGGACGCAUCCUUUUGAAACGUGGAACACCAUGCCAGCUCCAUUUUGGACCACCGCUACCGAAUCGGUCGAAGUGUCCAUGAUGCACUUGAAGAAGAAAUUCAAAUAUGGGGUCUUUGACGAAUUGAAUAUGUCAGCCCUGGAAAUGACGUAUAGUGAUAGCGAUGUCAGCAUGUUGAUUCUACUUCCAAACGAUCGAGAUGGUUUAGUCAAACUGGAAGAAAAUAUUCUCAACAUUGAUGUGGGUGACAUACUCGGAAAAAUGUACAAGGAGGAAGUGAAUGUCGCUCUUCCCAAAUUUAAAAUCGAAUUUGACGUAGAACUAAGUGAAACACUUAAAAAGCUUGGAAUGGGCAAAAUGUUCUCCGGCGAUGCAGAUUUUAGUGACCUGUUUGAGCAGUCCGAAUCAUUAUGUGUGUCAAAGAUCGUUCACAAGGCAUUUAUUGAAGUCAAUGAAGAAGGAGUGGAAGCUGCAGCAGCCACAGGCAUGAUUAUGGUCGGAUGCUGUUACGGCCAACAACCGACAUAUUUCGAAGCUGAUCGUCCUUUCCUGUGCCUGCUUCAACGCAAUAGUCAACUGAUGUUUGUUGCUAGUAUUUAUCAACCGUAGAACAAUGUUUUAAAUUGAGACAGUUACAGGUAUUUAUGAUGAUGGUUUAAAUGUUCCUUUCUAUUACAUUAAAACAUUGAACGUUGCUUUUUAAGUAUAUUUUUGUUAAAUGUGUAUAUUAAUAGUGAGAAUAACCGACGCUUAAAAUGUGUUUGAAUAUUAAAGAAAGAGGAUUGAAAACAA